ACUGUGCACGCGCAGCGAGUGCUUGGAAGAGAGAGGCAGAGAACGGCGGAGACUGAGCAUGAUGUCGGGGGGAGGGGGGACCGGAGCUGACAGGGGCUGCCUGCCCGGGACCGGACACAGAUGGCGCUCACCUUUUUGGAGUAGGAUCUAAUUGGGAUGCCGUUGUAAAUAAAAACUACACCGACUCAAUCUGUCCCAUUUUGGUUGUCAAAAUGAUUGGGAAACUAAAGCAAAACUUGCUGCUGGGCUGCCUAGUGAUAAGCUCCGUGACUGUCUUCUACUUAGGUCAACACGCAAUGGAGUGCCACCAUCGAAUAGAGGAACGCAGUCAGCCUGUCAAAAUGGAAAGCCCUAAAGCAACUGUAAGAACUGAGCAAAGAGCAAAUUCUAGUUUUCCAUAUAACAAGGACAUGCCAUUAAUAUUUAUUGGGGGAGUACCUCGCAGUGGAACUACACUAAUGCGUGCCAUGCUUGACGCCCACCCUGAGAUUCGAUGUGGAGAAGAGACAAGAGUUAUUCCGCGAAUCUUGGCAGUCAAACAAAUGUGGGCACGAUCCAGCAAAGAAAAAAUUCGUUUAGAUGAGGCCGGUGUUACGGAUGAAGUGCUGGACGCAGCCAUGCAGGCUUUUUUACUGGAAAUAAUAGUGAAGCAUGGGGAACCGGCACCAUACCUAUGUAACAAAGAUCCGUUUGCUUUAAAAUCACUCUCUUAUUUAGCCAAAAUAUUUCCCAAUGCCAAAUUUCUCUUGAUGGUGAGAGAUGGCCGCGCGUCAGUGCACUCGAUGAUAUCUCGAAAAGUUACUAUAGCUGGCUUUGAUUUGAAUAGCUAUAGAGAUUGCUUAACCAAGUGGAACCGUGCCAUAGAGACCAUGUAUAAUCAGUGCAUUGAGGUGGGCUACGACAGGUGCAUGCUGGUGCAUUAUGAACAGUUGGUUCUACAUCCAGAGCGUUGGAUGAAAACAUUACUGAAAUUUCUUAUGAUUCCAUGGAAUGAUGCUGUGCUACACCAUGAGGAGAUGAUUGGCAAAGCUGGAGGUGUAUCCCUGUCCAAGGUUGAGCGAUCGACUGAUCAAGUCAUCAAGCCAGUCAACGUGGAUGCUUUGUCAAAAUGGGUUGGCAAAAUACCGCCAGAUGUUUUAAGAGAUAUGCCAGUCAUUGCACCAAUGUUGGCCAAACUAGGCUAUGAUCCAUACGCCAGUCCUCCCAAUUAUGGAAAGCCAGACCAGAAGGUUAUUGAUAAUACAAGACGGGUCUACAAGGGUGAAUUUCAACUUCCAGACUUUCUGAAAGAGAUGCCCCAGCCAAAGAAGACACGGGAAGGAAACUUAUGAGACGGAAGCAGUAAAGUAGCUGAGCCGCACUCGGUCCAGGUGUUAAUGGCUGAAGAACGGACCCAUGAAGACCAUUUCCUCGCUGCAAGCAGACUGUGAUGUGUAUGUCUUGGUUGUGCCCUGACCAGUCUCCAUGUGUGUUUGGCACACAGAUUCAUCUCUUAUGAUUAGUGGCACUUUCUUAUGGCCGGAGCGGCACUCCUCCGGCAGCGGUGUAGUACUGUAUUUACCAGCUGUAUUAUGUUUUUAAUUGACAGAUUCACAAGAACCUUCUAAAUGACAUCCUGAUGAAUCCCAUCCCUGUCUGGCCUCUCAACGUUGCAAUGCUGUGACAUUAUUAUUAUUUUUUUAAUGUAACAUAGGGUGUGAUAAAUUUUUAGAUGUGUAUAUUCCAGUGCUCGGACACGCGCAGUUGUUUCUCACCAGCAGUGUAUUUAUGUGUAUUGUAUACAUGGUUAAUUCUGAGAGUCAAAGCUCCAGCUCGAUGAAAACAAUAUAUAUUGUACGCUUGGUGCAGCGAAAUGCAUGGCAAACAAAGCAGUAUUCUUCUGUCCACCUGGAAAUCUGGUGAAUGCCAUUACUGUACAAUGGCAUCAAAAUGACACAAAGGAACCAUACAAUACAGGAUUCACAGAAACAGCAUAAAUCCCCAUGUACACAGCGCAGUCUGGGAGUAGUCAGCAAGACGGUGCACGGGAAGCUGUUCAUAUUUUUACACAUUUUAUCGUUGAGGAAUAAUUUUUUUAGAAUUGUUGUAAAUGCACACAGUUUUUAUAAGGGGGUGUGCUCAUAGAAGUCAUUUUGUGGUGAAAGCGUAUUGUUCUUUCUAAUCUACAGACCACCCCCUUAUCCAAAUUUUCAGUUCCACCACCAUAUUUUUUACAUGCUUUCAGAAAACCACCCCCUAGGAGACCACUUUUCAGUGCAAUUUUGGGUGGUUGUCUCAGUCUUCGCUGUAUGUCGUUUCAGUCGCUUACCAUUUUUCAGAUCUUCACUCGUACCUUCAGAGGCUGUAAGCUUGUCCUGCUUAUGUGCUGCACACACAGCUGCAGGGGGCAGUUAUAAUGGAUGAAUGUUUCCAUUCAUUGACUGCAAGCCGAUGAAUUAAGACCAAGGGAAAGAAAUGAAACGCAAAGUAUAUUAGGUUGCAUUUACAUGUUCUUUUUGCCAGUUAUUACAAAAUUGUGGCAAAAAUGGUGGUUAUGAUUUUCUGCAAUAACCUCUUCCCCACAAAAGUCAGGUGUGAAACACACAUAGACAGUUACCAAACUUUUCAUUACACAAUGAAGUUUUAUAAAAUAAUCCAGAAAACCCUUUUAAUAUGGCCAUAAAGAUUAUCAUUACAGAUCUGAACAGUUUGGCAUGGGUACAUACGGUUCUAGAAAUAAUCUGGUUUAAAACAUGGAGGAUAAGUUCAUCGUGUAGAACGCUUAUUGUUCAUUCUCCAAAAUUCUUCUUGUUCGUUAGAGAUAAAUGUUACAUAGCAAUUACUCUAUUAUAAGGCCAUAAAAGUACAUGAGGGGCGAUACCAUACAAAUGAUUUUCUGUGGGCAAAACCCUAAUCUAAUAUACGGUAAUCGUGCAUCUAAAAUCUAAGCACUCAUUGUAUGGCAGUAGGAAAGUCUGGCCGCGAUAAACACUUGUAACUGCUUGAAUCUGAAUGAUAAUGGCGGUAUGUAAAAGGCCAUAGUACUAUACAGCAUGGCCUACAUUCUUUUUUGUAGUUCUUCUACUUCUUUGCUGAAUGUGGAAUUGCAUACAAUACUAUAUUCUAUUGUCAAAAAAAAUAUAUAAAAAAAUAAAUAAAAUCAUUGUUGUGAUAAAGAUGCAUUGAAAACAUUCCUGACACUGCUGUGCAGUGUUCUCUAGCAGCAGC